CACCUGCAUGCACUCGCCGCUUGCUCGAAAAUGACCAGCGGCGGCAAUGGUGGAGAGGAGAAGCUAAUGUACCUCUUUACAAACAACGACGUGUGGGACGUGGACGAUGCAGAUGACACCAUCCUGCGAGAGUUCACUAAGGCCGAGAGUGUCAACAUCAAUGUAACCAAGGUGACCGACGACGUGCUAAACACGUUUGCUCACAUGGCUGCGCUGUGGGACCGGCCUCGGGUGCUGGAGCACUUGAUUCGACUGGGUGCCGACCUCAACGCGACCAACAAAGUGGGCAACACGCCAGCUGAUAUUGCCAUGCACUGGGGCAAUGCCGACUUGGCGCUUCAAAUCAAACACUACGGGGGCAAGCAUUGCUGCGAACAAGAGCGGGAUUUGGCCAUUGCCCAGCGAGACCUCGUGCAAAGCAAGAUCAACGACGCGACGUCCAAAAUGGAAAAGGCGAUGGGCGAUUGGCUCCAGAUUUCCAAAGACAAGGAGGACCUGCGCGUGGAGCGUGACCGCCUCCUCCUUCGCGUGGACGACAUGGAGCGCCAGAUGGCCCAAGUGAAGACGGACUAUGCGACGUACCGUGGGCUGUACGAGCAGAGGCAGGUGCAGCUGGAGGCGAUGCGGUUAGAAGUCGACAAGUUGCGGUUGGCCGUGGCGGACGAGGCCCAAGCCAAGCAGAACGCGCUGCAGGGAUGGCAAAAGGCUGAGAGUUAUGCCAAGGAGAUCCAGCAUAUGCGGGAAAUCGCCAUGGAGUGCGAAGAAGAGGCCGUGCGCAUGCGCGACGACGCCGUGUGUGAACGAGAUGCGGCGAGGGAUUUGAUGAAACGAGCGCAAGCAGACCAUGUUGUGGCUGUGACGUUGCAAAAGCAAGCAGAAGGGGAGCGGGACGUUGCACUAGGCGAAAAAGACGACGCGAUGGCCAACGUUCGAACGCAAAUCGAGCUGUGGGCUGUCAAAGUCAAGGAAGCCGAGCACGAACGCGCGAUGAUCCAAGUGGAAAUCAAUCGACAAAAGGCGAGUUUGGAAGCCAAGUGCAAGUGGCUCGAGAAGGAGCUGGCGCGUGUGAAUUUGCUGAGCACGGUGCUGGAAAGCCAGCUCGGGGAAACCACGCUCAAGCUCACGCAAGCGCAGACGAAUCAAGAGUCGUCGUCGACGCAGCUGGAAAAGUCGCUGCGGAAGACCAAGCGCCUCGAGAACGAGCUCAAGGAGCUUAUCGAGGCGCGCACCGACGAAAAGCACAUGUGGAAGUUGAAGGAACAGCAAGCAUUGCAUGUCGAAUCCCAGCACGCGAUGCAGACCAUCCUCAAAGCCGCCAUGCGACUGUGGACCAAGCUGGCCAACAUCGAGUGGAUCUUUGACUUUGUCGCGCAUCCAGACGUACUCGAGGACGGGAAUGGGGACCCGGUCCGGUCGAUGGUGUCUAGCCCCAUGUGGAAACCCCCGCCAAAGAAGGCCGCGUCGUCAUCCGUGCGGCCCCAAACAACCCACGAGCCCUCGCGCCCCAACCACCGACACUCGACCCCCACACUUCUCACACCCCUCACGACACCAUCGACCGUACUAGUCGACACCGCUGCGUCGACCAAAUUCGCCGACAAGCUCGAGUCCAUCCAAGGCAAAGUCAAGACGUGGAUGCACUGGUGCAGUCAGUCAUUAGAUAGCGACGUCAAGUGGGAUAAGACGCUCCUGGACCAGUCGGCGCAGAAUAUUGACUGCCUGCUCACGGUCGCGGACGGGCUGUUUGACUUUUUGGGCGUGGCCAUGAAGGACAAGGUUACUGCAUUUCGAAAGCAAGUGGACAUGCAGGUCAAGAACGUCGAGCGCAAGGAAAUGUUGCUCAAGCGAUUCACACAACACCGCGAAGAGUCGUUGCGGCGACCGAAGCAACCGGCGCACUUUCGUGAAUGCUCGAUUGGCCCAGGUUGA